UUUUUGUUGUUGAACAACAAACAUACUCAAAGAAGAAAGAAUCGCCAAAAUGGUGUCUAGAAGGUUUAGUAGCUUUGUACUUGGACUUGUGCUCUUGUUCCUAGCUCUGGUGGAUUCUCUAGCAUAUACCCACCAAGCAACCAAGAAAAUCAUGGCUAAUGAAAAUUCGUUCGUGAGACAAGGAGAGAGUCCCUCCACUAUUGAAAAGGAAAACUUUGUUGCUGAGAAAAGAAAAUUUGCAGGAAGAAAAAUGAUUGAGAAAAAGGGCAAGGGGAAAGAGGAAGGCAAGAAUGGAGAAGGAUCUUCAAAGAUUUCAGGACGGAAUGUGAAUGUUUCAAAGAAGCCCCUUGGAGCUUCAGAAGAGCACAUGCAUGAUCAGAAUGAUACAAACAUGUCAAAGCCAAAGACUUUUACAAAAUUUCAAUCUGAAAAGCUUGAUGAUCAUCAGAACCCUAUAGAGAUUGAGAACAUAAUGAACAAAGAUUACUCAGGAGCUGUUAUCCCUCAUCCCAAGCCUCCAAUCAACAAUUACCAGCCUUUGCAUCAUCAUCAACACAAAGUGUUACCCUAAACUUGGUUUUGUACUUCACAAUUUUGGCUCUGCAAGAAGAGAAUGUUCCAUGGUAUAGAACUACUAACCAUAUUAGUUUUGUUUUUGGCUAGCUAAAUAAAAAAAUAAGAUGUUACUGCAAGUGUUUUUGUUCUCACAUGGGAGAUAUAUAUUGUGCGUGAAUUACAUGUGUUUAUGUUGCGAUUCUAACUCGUUCCACACUAGUAAAGU